UGGAGAAAGAAAGAUGGCGGCGCGUUGAGACGCGGCCGCUCAGUAAACGACGCUCUUUCUUCAGACAAUUUCUGUCAAAUUAUUCACUGCAAUAAACUUGUGGAAGUUUUAUUCGGUAGCGAGUGCACUACACAACAAACUGGGCAUACACGGGAACUCGAAGUCAGCGCUGAGGAGAUAAAAUGGCGACAGGCGGAGCUCCGUUUGAUGACUGUGCAGACGCACAGGAGCUGCAUAACUGGACCAUCAGCAAUGGCAGCCUGGAAGACCGGCUCAAUAAUAUGGACUGGGGUAUCCAGCAGAAAAAGGCGAACAGGUCAUCAGAGAAGAACAGGAAGAAGCUCUCUGCUGUGUCCGAGAGCCGUCUGACCAACGAUAUAUCUCCGGAGUCAACGCCAGGGGCGGGGCGUAGGCGAGCGAGAACGCCGCACUCGUUUCCUCAUGUCAAGUACGCAACACAGAUGUCUGUUCCCGAUCAGGCCGAACUCGACCGACUGCGCCAGCGCAUCAACUUCACUGACCUGGAUGAGAGGAGCAUCGGCAGCGACUCCCAGGGUCGUGUCACUGCAGCCAACAACCAGCGGCAGCUUUCUUCCGAACCCAGGAAACCCUUCAACUUUCUUCCGCUGCACGUAAACACUAACAAGAGCAGAGACUCUUCUGCUUCUGCCCCACCUGCUAUCACUACAGGGGGUAAAGAGGCUAAGAAGCAGAGCCCGGGGAAGGAGCUGUUUGUCCCGGUGCCCGUUGUUCCUGUUGUUCCUGUUAAAGAGAUGCACGGGGCUGAGAGAACCUCAGGAAGCCCUCUGGUAGACGACAGAGGAGAACCAGUUAUCGACAGCAGCCAGGUGGUCAGUAAGUUGGUGCAGAUCCGUGAGUACAUCAGCAGAGCCAGCUCUAUGAGGGACGACCUGCUGGAGAAGAACGACGUUCCAGCCAACGUCGAGCGCCUGUCUCACCUCAUCAUACACCUGAAGGAGCAGGAGAAGUCUUACUUGCGCUUUCUGCAGAAGAUGCUGGCGAGAGAGAACGAGGAGGAGGAGGAGGACGAAGGUGCCACGGUGGACUCAGCGGUGUGUUCGGGCUCGAUGGCCGAGAGCGCGUCUCUGAACUUAGAGCCUCGGUCAGAAGCCGCAGACCCCACCUGUUACCGGGUCGGAGGCCAGCAGAAGGAGGAGUUGGAGAACCUACGUAAGCAGCAUGACCUCCUGCAGAAGAUGCUUCAGCAGCAGGAGGAGCUGCGAGAGCUGCAGAACCGACAGGCUGCCCUGCUCACCAUGCAGAACCGAGCUGAACACGCCAUGGACGACACCGUUGUAACAGAGACUACAGGAAGUGUGUCAGGUGUUAGCAUCACUUCAGAACUCAAUGAUGAACUCAAUGACCUCAUACGACGCUUCCACAACCAACUGCAUGACUCUCAGACGGUGCCUGACAACCGGCGUCAGGCUGAGAGUCUGUCUCUGUCCAGAGAGGUGUCCCGAUCUCGCUCGACCCACAGUCCUCGUGGGCAGCAAACCCUUGGCGCUGCUGCUGCUGUUCCUGCCUGCCCUGCUAGCGCCAAGCUCACCAAACUACAGGAGCUCCAGGACAAGAAGCAGACGAUGGACAAAAUCCUGCAGGAGCUUCAUUCACUCCGAGACCAGACGCUAAACAACAGCUCGUGCCGUGGUGGAUCUCAGCAAAUUUCUGAGCAUCCCCUGGUGUCAAGCCGGGAGGGGAACGGCGUGGGUGUAGCAAGACAAGAUUCUUCAUCUUAUGAUGAUGGAGGAAAUCCAGCUGAAAAACUGAGGAAACUGAAGGAGGUGCACAAGCGGUUGAAUGAGCUAAGAGAGCUGGUGCAGUACUAUGAGCAGACAUCUGACAUGAUGGUGGACACGGUGAACGAGAAUGUGAACGAAGAUGAAGAGGACGAGACAGAAGACGGGUCGCUGUUUGAAGCCAUGUUCGAUUCGGAACAGGAGAACCGAGAACCCAUCACUAACAUCAGAAACCCUGCUCAGACACAGUCUUCAUCUAACUGGAUGGACAUGAACACAAUGACGAACGCCUGCAGCAGCUCCAACAACAGAGUUGGCCGGCUAAACUCUCAGUGUGAGGUCAACAACCGCUCAGCUGCCAACCUGCGCAGCCUCAACGUCCCCUCUGUCAUAGAGUGCCAGUAUAACCGAGACAGCUCCUACAACGGUGAAAAGCACGGGAACGGAGACAAAGACGAUGACGAUGAGGACGACGAUGGCGUUGAAGAAGACGACCGAGCGAGACGAGGAAGGAGAGGGAGCUCUGGUUCAGGGUCCAGUCGCCGGAGCAGCAUCGCAGAGGAUGCAGAGUUUGCUCAGAAAGUCCAUCGUCUCCAAACAGCUAAGCAGAAGCUGCAGCAGCUGCGUGAGCUCGUUGCCAUGGUGCAGAGUGAUGACACGGAUACCACGGCAGCCAAUGAAGAUGAAGGAUUGCAGCAGCAACCCAACAACACCAGAGCGAAUGCACAUAAAGCUAAAAGAGAACUUGCACUCCCUGACAAGGCCAGGGAGAAACUGUAUGAGGAGAAGCUGAGACAGCAGCAGCAGGAACUGAAACAGCUUCAUGAGGAGAGACAGAGACUGAUGGCGAUCCAGGGCAAAAUCCAGGACCUGCAGUGGGCCUGUCCUGAUCUACAGUCGUCAGUGUCGAGUGCGGCGAGCGGUGUGAAGAUGAUGAAGAAGCUCCCUGCUGCAGCUUCCACUCCUGCUGUCGCACCGUCCACGUCAACCAAGAGUAACACCGCUGUGCUGAAGCACACCACUGAGCCUGCACCUGUCACAAUCACUGACAACGAGUUGUGGUCAGAGAUGCGCAGACACCAGGUCCUGCGUGAGGAACUGAGGCAGCGACGGAAACAUCUGGAAAGUCUGAUGGCCGAGCAGCAGAGGAGGAGUGAUGCGCACCCUAUGCACAGCUUCACCCAGGAUGAUGGGACCAUGGCGACGUGGGGCGGUUCGACGCAGUGUCCGCUGGGCGAGGAUGAAGACGAUGAAGAUUACCCAUCUGAACUUGGCGCACAAGAUGAUGAGGAUGAGGAAGAGGGAGCAGAGUCGAGCUCCACUGAUGAGUCCCACUCGUACUGUAACAGGAAACCCUGCAGCAGCAAGAACAGGGAAAGUGUAAAGGGUUCAUCUCAACGCUGUGCCAGGCUUCGGCCUCGUUCCAAUACCAGAGGGGUGAAGAGGCAGGAAAACCUGCGCUGGGCCGCUGACCUGUCUGCCUCCGAGAGCGCCACACACAGUCACACACACUGGCAGGAACAGACCACACAUCUGCAGAGACAGCUGGAUUUCAGCACGGCCAUUUGUCAGAUGCUGCUGCAGGAUCAGCAGACUCUUUCGUGCAUGCUGCAGUCAAUGUUGACGGCACCGUAUAACAUGUUGCCAAAUAACCUGGCCUCACCGCAGGUGCCCCUCAUCAUGCACCAGCUCAACCAGUGUUACACACAACUCGCCUGGCAGCAGAACAACAUCAGCAGGUUGAAGCAAACUCUCAAUGACCUGCUUCAACAGCAACAGCAGCAUCAGAAUAUAGUGCAGGAUUCCGUCCCUCCUUCACCAUUCCUGCCAUCCUUCCCUCCCAUCAACACACUUGGCAUGAACAACUUCUCCCCUCUCGCCACUGGUUUUAAUCUUUCUCCCAUGUUCCCGCCAGCGGGUUCAGAGAUUCAGCAGGCUUCAGGAACUCAGGCCAGCCCGAAUCAGCAGCCCGACCCCAACAUGUCCCUUAAAACUGAGUACAUGAGCUUUCCGCCUCCGCUGCAGAGGACCCCCCUCAACAACGCUCACACACGCUCUCAGGAUGACACUAAAAACUCUAGCUGGCUGAAUUCAUCCCUGAACAGGUCAUGUGACCAAGGGCAGCUGGACUCCCAUGAUUCCCUGAGCAGUCUGCCUGACUGUGUCGACCCAUCCACCGUCACCAAGAGCUUCAGACCUGGAUGCAAAGCCUCAGCUCAGGCCAGUCUCGCCUCCAGAGACAAAACGCCAAAAAAUCGCCGCAGGAGGAGCAAGAACCACAAUAACGCAGCAGGUUUGGAGAGCGACAGCGUUUCGAGCGCCACAGAGCUUGAUCAUGAGCACGAAAAGGAACGAGAGAGAGAACGAGAACGCCCGGCUCAGCCGAGAGCCCGGGAUCCGAACCAAAGCCUCCUAGAUAAACUUACCCAGGAGAAGCUGGACAGCAAGACCAAAAAACACAAUGACGUCUCCUCAGCAGCAUAUGCAUGGAGAACCCCUUUUCUCUCUAAUCAGAUCGCAUGCACCGAAGCUCCAGAUGGCAGCAGUGACUUCUCUCUGUUCGAGGCUCUGAGGGAGACUAUUUACUCAGAGGUGGCCACUCUGAUCUCACAGAACGAGUCUCGUCCUCACUUCCUCAUUGAGCUCUUCCAUGAGCUGCAGCUUCUCAACACCGACUACCUUCGCCAGAGGGCGCUCUACUCACUGCAGGAUAUUGUAACCAGGCACCUGACCGAGAAGAGUGUUGCUGAGGAGCCAGGGUCAUCACUAGGGCCAGGGUCACAGUCUGAACUCACACCCAGUGAGAGUCUUGCCACGACUGACAAUGACGUAUCUGAGAAGGACGUGAGGGUGAAAGUCAGUUCUAGAAGGAAGAGAGCUGUGGCAGGAGACUCUGUGGAGAGCGAGAGCCUGUUGUCCACAUCCUCGAACCUGGAGCCAUUUGCCAGCGAUGAUCUGGGUAACACAGUGAUUCAUUUAGAUAAAGCUCUGGUGCGAAUGCGGGAGUUUGAACGUAUGAAGUUAAAGGCUGGGUUUCCUCCUCCUGCUCCUCCUCCUCCUCCUCCUGUUGGUGCUGUCACUGCUGCUGUCUCUGUAGCACCCGCUGUCUCUAAUCCUGAGCUCUGCGCUGUUACCGCUGCUGCUGCUGGUGAUCCAGUGCUUAACCAAGGUCAGGACAUGCAUUGCCCUCAGAUUGACACACAGCAGUUGGACCGACAGAUCAAAGCCAUCAUGACUGAGGUCAUCCCCUUCCUGAAGGAGCACAUGGGCGAGGUGUGUUCUCCGCAGCUCCUGACAUCUGUGCGGCGCAUGGUGUUGACGCUGACUCAGCAAAAUGAUGACAGCCGAGAGUUCAUGCACUUCUUCCAUAAACAACUCGGGGGUAUCCUGCAGGAGUCCCUGAGUAAGUUCGUGGGCCGCACGUUGCAGGACUGUGGUGAGGAUCUGCUGGUUGAGAUCUCGGAGAUCCUCUUUAACGAGCUCGCCUUCUUCAGGCUCAUGCAGGACCUUGACCAGAAUACACAUCGUGCCAAGAGACACACGCAAACCAUGCCUGCUAAGCAUACACCCUCCACCGAGGGGAAGAAGGCUGAAGGAGAAAAGACCUUCUCACCUUCAUAUUUUGAUGAGGAUAAAGACCAGGAUGAGACGGAGCAUGGACGGACAAGUCUUUGUCUCGAGGGAGAGGGAGCACAAACAGAUGAGAAACUGAGUAGAGACUCCUCUGAAGUGGAGGAAGAGGAGGAGGAUGAAGAGGAAGGAGAAGGACUGCCACUGUCUAUAAGCUUGUCCAAAGCGGAGACGCAGGCAUUGAAUAACUACGGCAGUGGUGAGGAUGAGAAUGAGGUAGAGGAGGUUGAGGAGUUUGAGGCUGGAUCUGUGGAGGUGCAGACGUCCCUGCAGGCCUCGGACAACACCACAGAACACUCACAGUGUAAUGGAAUUUCUCAAAACGGAGCUGCACAGGAGACCAAGUCAGACCAAGAGAGCACAGAAAGUACUGAAGUGAAGAGCUCAAAGUCUGAGUCUAUAGAGGUGAUGGAGGACGAGCGAGACGCUGUGGCCACAAACACACACAGCGAAGACAAGACUGCUGUCCCUCUGGCCCCGCCCUCACAGGAGAGUCCUCAUGGAUCCACCACAGCCAGCCCUCAGACUGACUCACCUGUACUGGUUAACGCAGAUGAGGUCGGGUCCGGAAACAACAGUCAGAAAUCUGAUGAGGAGGAUUUUGUCAAGGUUGAAGAUCUCCCAAUGCAGCUGUCAGUGAUGUGUGAGGAGGAGCUGUGUAAGCAGAUCUUAGAGGAACAGAGGAACAAUAAUCUGACGAGUGAGAUCCUGAGUGGAAACACAGAGGGGCUGAAUGGACUUGUGGGCAAUGCACACGCUCUCAAAGAACCUGAAACCAUUGGAGCCCAGAGUGCAUGAAGACGGCAGAUUUUAAUCACUGCAUCCCGACACUACAACAUCAUAUUUAUCUUAAUGUGCUUGAUGCGAUUUUAUAUCGCAACAAAGAAGUAAUUACAUCAUUCAAUGCGACUUGCAUACUCAAGUUCAGUCUGAGCCUCGCUGAUGUUUUUGCGUUUCAGUGCCGUUUAUUUAUCAGAAGUUAAUCUAACGGUUCAUCUGAGAAGAAACACUGUUAAUUCUUUUACGUUUUAUGUUGAACUCUGUGAUGCCUCCUGUUCGCUUCUUAAAGCUGAGCCUCACACUGGAAACUUUCAGCGAUGAACGUGGUGUUUUUGUUCUUUAACUUUGUUUUGGUUGAUUGAUUAUUUCUUUCUCUUGCUUUCUGAAACGUUUCGGUCCCUCUUCCUCCUCCCUAUGCACUUUGCACACAACAGAUUAGAGGUUAGAGUAUCACAGAAGCAAAGUAUUCGAUGUCGUCAGCUAGUUUAAGACACUUCAUUAAUUUGAGAUUCCGCUUUCCUGAAAACCGGAAUCCUGAGCGCCAGUCUCCACCUUUCUCUCUUCCCUCCUCCAGGGGGCGUAUUUCAGCCUUAAUGCAUUCUUUUAAUAACACCCCCCUCCCCCCUUCUCUUUUCCUCAUUUUAGCAUUUAAGGCCCCACCCCCAAGUUUAAAUGCUUUGUUCUCUGGAUGUUUUCAUUGGGUUUAAAUGUUUAGUGAAGGUUUUAAGGUAACAAAUAAAACAUUAAUUUUUACUUUAUCCCUCAAAAA